AUGUGCCCCAGUGAGAUGGGAAUGCUGUGGCACCUUUGGUCCCCCGUGCUCAUCAGCCUGACCGCCCUUUUCUCCAAAGUGACGGAAGGCCGAGGGAUCCUGGAGAGCACCCAGAGGUUCUCGCUGCUGCCCACCUAUCUGCCCGUGACCUACCACAUCCACCACGCGGACGUCUCCUUCUUCCUGAAGGAGGCCAACCAGGACAUCAUGCGCAACUCCAGCCUGCAGUCCCGGGUGGAGUCCUUCCUCGUCUACAAGUCCAAGGGGCUGCCGGUGCUCAACGCCAGCUACGGGCCCUUCUCCAUGGAGCAGGUGGUGCCCCAGGACCUGCUGCUGCCCUCCAACCCCUUCGGGUUCACCAGCAAGUUCUCCCUUAACUGGAAACUGAAGUCCUACAUCCUGCGGGACAAGAUCUACCUGAACCGACCCAAGGUGCAAAUCCUCUUCUACAUCGUGGGCAGAGACUGGGACGACCACCGGGAGGCGGAGAGGCUGCCCUGCCUGCGGGUCUUCGCUUUCCGAGAGACCCGGGAGGUGAGGGGCAGCUGCCAGCUGGGCGGGGACCUGGGGCUGUGUGUGGCAGAACUGGAGCUCCCGGCCAGCUGGUUCAGCCCCCCGACAGUGGUGGGGAGGCGGAAGCCCGCAGAGCAGCCCGAGGGGAGUCCUGUGGAGCUCUACUACACCGUGCAGCCUGGGGGCGAGAGAGGGGACUGCACCCGAGAGGAUUCCAGAAACAGCAAUGGCGCUCGGACUGGCCACAAUGACAUGGACGAGUCUGCGCCCCCCUUGCACAGGAUUGGGAGUGUCUUCCUCUACCAGACCCACAGCUCCCCGGCCCUGAGGGAGCUGCGUUUGGACAGCAAUGUGGCCGUUCACUAUGUCCCAACCACGGUUCGACAAGGAGCCGUACUGACUUUCCCCAUCUCCAUUUCCAGAAACUCCACCGAGGACCGCUUCACGCUGAGGGCAAAGGUGAAGAAGGGUGUGAACAUCGUGGGCGUGCGAGCCAGCAGCCCUUCCAUCUGGGAUGUCCAGGAGAGCACGGAGUACACGGGGAGGUACGCGCCAGCUGUCAUCAUCUGUCAGAAGAAGUCUGGCAGCUCAGAAAACAGUGUGGACGGCACCUCCUAUGAAGUCAUGCAGAUCGACGUGGAAGUCGAGGAGUCCAGUGACCCGUCCACCACACAGCUGGUCACGUGGCAGGUGGAGUACCCAGGAGAGAUCACGUCGGACCUGGGAGUGUCCAAGAUCUACGUGAGCCAGAAGGACUUGAUUGGAGUUAUCCCGCUGGCCAUGGAGGCGGAGAUCCUCAACACAGCCAUCCUCACUGGGAAGACGGUGGCCGUCCCCGUGAAGGUGGUCUCCGUGGAGGAGGACGGCACCRUGACGGGGCUGCUGGAGUCCGUGGAGUGCAGGUCCUCCGAUGAAGACGUGCUCAAGGUCUCCGACAGGUGUGACUACAUCUUCGUCAACGGGAAGGAGAUGAAAGGCAAGGUAAACGCGGUAGUCAGCUUCACCUACCAGCACCUGAGCAGUCCUCUGGAGGUGACCGUGUGGGUGCCCCGGCUCCCGCUGCAGAUUGAGGUCUCAGACACCGAGCUCAACCAGAUCAAGGGCUGGAGAGUCCCCAUCGUCUCCAACAAAAGGCCAGCUCGGGACAGUGAGGAGGAGGAGGACGAGGAGAGGCGGGGCCGCGGCUGCACCCUGCAGUACCAGCAUGCCAUGGUGCGCGUCCUGACACAGUUUGUGGCCGAGGCGGCCAGCCCCGGGGGCCACCUGGCCUACCUGCUGGGCUCAGACUGGCAAGUGGACAUCACGGAGCUCAUAAGCGGCUUCAUGCAGGUGGAGGAGCCCAGGAUCGCCAAGCUGCAGGGAGGGCUGGUCCUGGCCGGGCAGGAGCUGGGGAUGACCACCAUUCAGAUCCUGUCCCCGCUGUCGGAUGCCAUCCUGGCUGAAAAGACCAUCACCGUGCUGGAUGAGAAGGUGACCAUCACAGACCUGGGGGUGCAGCUGGUGACAGGACUGUCACUGUCCCUGCAGCUCAGCCCUGGGAGCAACAGAGCCAUCUUUGCCACCGCAGUGGCUCAGGAACUUUUGCAGAGGCCCAAACAGGAAGCGGCCAUCAGUUGCUGGGUCCAGUUCAGUGACGGCUCAGUCACACCCUUGGAUAUCUAUGAUGGGAAGGACUUCUCCUUGCUGGCCACGUCCUUGGAUGAAAAGGUGGUCUCCAUCCACCAAGACCCCAGGUUCAAGUGGCCGAUAAUCGCUGCAGAAUCGGAAGGACAAGGAGCACUGGUCAAGGUGGAGAUGGUCAUUAGUGAGUCGUGCCAGAAAUCCAAGCGGAAAAGCGUGCUCGCUGUGGGAACGGCAAACAUCAAAGUUAAGUUUGGUCAGAACGAUGCUAACCCCAAUGUCAGCGAUGGCAGACCCAUGGGGACAGGGGUCCACCUGGAAAGUGACAUUGGGGAUCGGAGGUCCAAAGCACCCCUGCAGGAAUGGGGGAGCCCUGAAGGCCAGUACCUGGGCAGCUCUUCCAUGGGACUCAUGGAGGGAAGAGGAAGCACCACCGAGAGGUCCACCUUCCCGAAGAAGGACGGCCAGGGAAACCCACCAGAUGGUGACAGCCGCCUGCAGACCAUCCCUGUGGACAUCACCAGUUUCCCAGACCCUGCGGACCUCCCCCGAAGCAAUGUGGAGACGGAGGAGAAUGACCCGGCUCAGGCAUCCAAAGGGCUGAGCGACCUGGARAUCGGGAUGUAUGCCUUGCUGGGCGUCUUCUGCCUGGCCAUCCUGGUCUUCCUAAUCAACUGUGUGGCCUUCGCGCUGAAGUACAGGCACAAACAGGUGCCCUUCGAGGAGCAGGAGGGCAUGAGCCACGCCCACGACUGGGUGGGGCUGAGCAACCGGGCAGAGCUGCUGGAGAACCACAUGAACUUUGCAUCCUCCCAGGAGGAGCAGAUCACUGCCGUGGACCGGGAGCUGGACAUGGAGGAGAGCAAGUACCUCCUGGGCACGCGCUCUCACAAAAGCAUCAAUGGGCAGCUGCUCACACCCGCAGGAGCGGUGCUCACGGCCGGGAAAGACCAGAAAAGUGAGCCCCCAACAUCCCCUACCUCAAAAAGGAAAAGAGUGACCUUUACAACCUUCACAGCCCUCUCCCCCGAUGACGGGUGCCCCGCGGGGAGCUCCACCGUGAUGAGCAGGGAGGACGACAUCAAGUGGGUCUGUCAGGACCUGGACCCCGGGGGCUGCAAGGAGCUGCAGGAGUACAUGGAGAGGCUCCAUGAAGACGUGUGA